AUGAUGAUGCUGGGUCUGGGGUCUGUUGGAUUGGUUCUGUUAUCUCUGGCUGUCCAGAGUGGACAUGGAGCCCAGGACAGGUGAGUCUGGGAGGGAUACUGUAACUGUAUAACGGUUAGUCUCCUAUGAAGGAUGACUUAACCAGUCAGACUAACAGGAAUUUGAUAAAAGAUUCAUACAUCGGUAGCUGAUUUAUAACCAUUUUAUAACCGCCAAACCAAGAUGUAUUCGUUUCAUGUGCAUAUGUGUGUGUCAAUGUACAGUGCUAUCUGGAGUAGAGAGGAGACGGCUGAGAGGAAUUAUUACACCAGGUACCACAAUAUGUCAGAGGUGAGAGUUCACACACACACACACACACACACACAGAAAGAAUGACCGAGUCCUCACUGCAUAGAGACACUGUGUGGUACCUCUCCCUAUAGAUUACAGCAUGGAUGGAACAGAUGAAGAGGGAGAACCCAGAUGUUGUGUCCUCCAUGGUCUACGGUCAAACCUAUGAGAGGAGGGACAUCACCUUACUGAAGGUUCUUCACCUCUCUCUCUGCAAUCACGGUCUUCAGAGUUCCUUUGCCCUGGCUAGGUCAAUCUUACAGGGAAACCACUAAGUAGCUUUCAUCACUAGUUUUCCUCUGCUUUGACUAGACCUAAGAGGCCAAUGUAUGCAGCUCAAUAGAGAUCUCCUGUUGGUUGUUGUGUUGCAGAUUGGUUUGAGUUCUACUGGGAGGAAGAAGGCUAUCUGGAUGGACUGUGGGAUCCACGCCAGAGAAUGGAUCGCUCCUGCUUUCUGCCAAUACUUCGUUAAAGAGGUGUGUGUGUGUCUACUAUCAUAGAAAUGAAAUUAAAGAAAGAGCAUGAAGCAGUACUGGUGAGAAUCUCCUCCUUGAUUUCUACCAACAGAUCCUGAGAACGUACAAAACAGACACCAAGGUGAAUGAGAUGAUGAAAAAUCUGGAUUUCUACAUAACACCAGUCCUAAACGUUGACGGCUACAUCUACUCUUGGCAUAAUGCAAGCGUAAGUGGUGAUUAAUUCUCCUUCAGACCAGCUUUGACACAUUCUGGGAAACUACUGGAAUAUGACAAACUGUUUCUUUAAUUGCGUCACACCUCUGCCAGGUGGUAUCAGUACUACAUAAUCUACAUUAUACAACAGUUGGGUCUAAUCCUGAAUGCUGAUUGGUUAAGAGAGUCCACAACAAACCUAGACACUGGUACAAUACAUGCAGAGUAGACUUUACAAGUAACAAGAGCGCCAUCUAUUGGCUUGGAUUACAUAUUGUAACAUAAAUAUUAUUGAUGACAGUAUUAUCAUUCCAGUUAGUGACUAGUGGUUCUUAUCUCUGUAGACUCGACUGUGGAGGAAGUCCAGAUCUCCAGGAACAGGAGGCUGUACCUGCUAUGGAACAGAUCUCAAUCGCAACUUCUACGCCAACUGGGGUAGUGAGUAUGGUUCUUACUCUAAACAACUCACACACACCAGGGUUGGGGUCAAUUCCAUUUCAAUUCCAUUGAAUUCAGAUAGUACACUGAAAUUCCAAUUCCCUUCAAUGCCUUUCAAUGAGGAACAUUUGGAAUUUGGUUUAUUCUCUGAAUUGACUGGAACUGAGAUGGAAUUGACCCCAACCCUGACACACACACCCUAACUGUGUUUUCCUCUCCUGUCUUUGUAGUGGUUGGUGUCUCUACAGAUUGCUGCAAUCUGUUCUACUGUGGCACCAAGGCCCUCUCUGAGUCGGAGGCCCGGGCCGUCACUGACAUGUUGGGGAAGAUGAGGGAAGACAUCCUGGCUUUCCUCACCAUCCACUCCUAUGGCCAGCAGCUCCUGGUGCCCUACGGACACCCUAACAUCUCAGCACCCAACCAUGAUCAGCUGGUACGCCCGCCCCCAAAGAUACGUUUUGUUGUAAUAGACCAGUGUUUUAAAAUGGGCCAUCAUUUUAACCAUAAUAAUAACCUGCAGUAUGUCUCUGUGUUGCCAGAUGGAGGUGGGUCUGGGAGCAGCUACGGCUAUAAAGGCUGUCCAUGGGAUGGACUAUACAGUAGGCACCUCACCUGAUAUCCUGUGUAAGUAAGGCUGAGGGAACACAAUGAAUCACCAAACACUGGAGUGAGCAAUGCCUGGUUCAUCCCAUGUUAAAGACCAACAUCUAUACUCAGACUCAUGGCAAUCCAAUGGGAAGAGACUAUACAACUACUGGCCUAUAAAACUCUCUCUCUCUCUCUGUCUCCAGAUCCCUUCUCGGGCUCAUCUCAGGACUUUGCCAGGCUGAUCGGCAUCCCUUUGUCUUUCACCUUUGAGCUGAGGGACAAGGGUGAGCACGGCUUCGAGCUCCCAGAGGACCAGAUCCAGCCCACCUGUGAGGAGGCCUACGCCGGAGCACACCACAUCAUCACCUACGCACACGACAAGGCCUUCUACAGCUCUGCUGCCACAGUCACGACAACACUGUGGACCACACUGCUGGCAGCCUGGGUCUCUAGCGCCACCCUGCUGUAA